AUGAAAAUUCCCAACAAAACAUCUGCCGUUUUGUAUUGCCAGGAUUUUUCACCGAAAACAAUCGAUAUAACUGUCGCGAUAGUUCUCUGCAGUCUCAUAGCAUUUGUGGGAUCUUUAGGCAACGCAAUCACGAUUCUAGUUAUCAAAAGAGCUCCGAACUUGCAAACGAUUUGCGGAGUUCUUAUCGCAAACCUGGCUCUGGCUGAUCUCCUAGUAACUGCAAUAUCAAUUCCAUUGAUGAUCUCGAUGCUCUCCCAAGAUGUGGCGCCAGUCUGUUCAGGGAGUACCGUAGGAGUUACUUCUAUGGUCAUUUUACGUUGUUCUAUUACUGCUUCGGUUCUAAUCUUGGCUGCAAUGAGCAUGGACCGCUGUUGGGCGAUAUGCAACCCCAUUACCCACAAACUGAAAAUGAGUACUUCAAAGCUGAAAGCCUUCUUGGGCCUCAUAUGGAUGACAUCUCUGGUUUUUUCCGCUCUGGAAUUAUAUUCUCGCUUUGAGCGAUUGUUUUCCCUUUAUAUUAGAACAUUUGGAGCCGUAACCUGCCUUCUCGCUAUCGUCAUCAGUGGGAUUGUAACUUUCACAACAGUCAGGUUUAAGUCUUCUAAAAUUCGCCAGUUACAUGACAACCAAAGCCAUAUGAAAAUAUCCGGUGAAUUACGCGAACGAGAGAAGCAGGUCGCUAAGACAGUUGCGCUUAUUGUAGGGCUUUUCUGUCUUUGUUGGGUACCUAUUAUCACCAUUCCUGUCACAUUCCCAAAGCACUACAGCAUGUGGCACUUCUGGUCUGGUCUACUUGCUCUUUCCAAUUCUGCGUUCAAUCCUUGCGUAUAUUUUUACAGGCAAAGGAAUUACCGGCAUGCAUUUAAAGAAAUGGUGCUGCCUAUGUACAAUGGAUUGACAAGAUAA